AUGAGUCUUCCAAUUGCAAUGCUUUUGUUGAUCAUUACGGUGGCUGCUUUUGCAGAAGAUCCGCCCGUGAAUCAAGGAAAGGAAUUCGUGGAUUUUGAGGAUACUGACGAUGUGGCCAAGACUGCAUCCAAAGGAGUUACUAAUGUUCCAAUCAUCACAGCCACGCCGAUUUUAAUUGAAGGCUCUUUAAGUACAAGUAAAUCUAGCACAGAAGGAUUACCAACAACGAUUUCCACAACAGGGGCUCCAACAACUACCCACUCUUCAACGUCUGCUACAACAACAACUGAUUCCAGCACUGCUCAUUCAACCACUAAUGAGUCCACCACUGAUGAUUCCACCACUAAUGAUUCCACCACUGAAGAAUCUAACACAACCGAUUCUGCGACCGAUUCUUCAACCACAGCUCUAGAAACAACAGAUUCCACCACAUCUUCAACAACAACGAAAUCCACAACUUCUCCAUCGACCACUGAUUCCACUACAAACGAUUCAACUGAAACCACAACUGUUCCGACCACAUCUUCUCCAACACCUGGCUCCAAUCCAACUUCUUCAUCGUCAACUGAUUCUACCAAGAGCGAUUUUAAGACCAAAGAUAUUACGGCAUCGGCUGAUUCCAUCACCACAUCGCUUGAGAAGUCGAGACUACGAUCGAGAUUGUCUUUACCAACAAAACAUUCCACAACAAUUGGUUCAACAACAGAUAGCACCUCAACUCCAGUUUCUCCAACCACUGAACAACCAACAGAAGAAGAAAGGAUUCUUGCACUUCGGGCUCAAAAUUCUGAAGCCCUCGCUCUGUUCAAUACCCAGCUUGAUGCUGUCAGCAGAAUUAACUGGAAAAUAGACGCAGAGCUGGACAACCAGGCGGAGUACCUUGCCUCAAUUGAAGCCAUCGAGAAGCUGCUCCAAAUUCAGGCACAGGAGCUUUUGCCGUGGGAAGCGGAACUUCUUCGAGGCGUCGUCACCUCUAUUCAGAAGAUAGACCUAUUUGCCAACCGAUCAAUCGAAACCGUAUCAGAGUUGGUUAGACUCCAAGAGCUGAAUCAGGACCGUGUGAGGAACCUCGGGGUCAAACUAAACGUUACGCAAGGACUAAUCCUGCGCAGCGCAAAGGGAUUGGAUGACAGACUCAACUUUGUAAACCAACUUCUUCUUAGAUAUAUCGAGCCUAAAGUGAAUAGCUUAAGGGAUUCGGUUGCUAGUCUGAACAUAUCGCAAGUAUAUUCUGAAAUUGAACUGAAGAACGUUCCAGAGGUUAGAAAUCUUACGGAAACAUCCAUCACAAAACUGUCAGCCUUGAAAAGCCAAUUGGCUAUGUUCAACCAGACCCAAGGGAAUAGAUUUUACUCCUUGGAAGAAUCUAUUAAGGCCUGGAUCCCCACUAAUUUCAAUGCGAUCCGUGAUCUAGCUCACACUUUAAGCAUUUCUCAAAAGCGCACCGAUUUGGCAAUUGCCAUUGGCGGAUCCCCCGACUCUAAUGCCAAUAAGGGCAUUGAAGAUAUCAACCAAAGUAGGAAAACUACAAGCCCACAGAUCUCAGGUGGCGAGUAUGAGGCUUUGGAGUCUUCAUGGAAGGUUGUGGCACCAGUAAAAAUAAACUAG